CGGCCACUUGCCUUUCCCCAUGAGAGCUGUUUGCCUUGCUUAUACAGUGAAGAAGUGAAGCAGAGAUGGGAGGAGCUUGGCUCACAGCAGAAGCAAAUCAGAGCAGCUUGUUUACUUUUAUUUACAUAUAUAUAUUUUUUCUCUCUAUCUGUUCAGUUACCUCCCUUCCUCUAGAUUCUAAACAUGCUGAAUUCAGCAAAUCCAGCUAUAAGUUCUGUCUUUUGGGUCCUUGUUACUUACUAGUCAUCUGAUAAGGCUUCUGUUGCACACAAGGACCAGCCUCUUUUCCUCCUCUUAGCCCACUCAUAACCAAAGCUGAGUACUACUGCUCAGGGCCUACUUUCAGCUUUAAGUUUCAACUUUUCACUUUUGGCUGUCCAGAUCAUGGCUCUGCGGUUCACCUUGGUCCUUGCCAUUUUCACCGGACCUGGCCUCUCAGAGACUCCUCCUAGAGUACGACUGGUGGGAGGUCCCCACCGCUGUGAAGGGCGAGUAGAGGUGGAGCGGAAUGGCCAGUGGGGCACUGUGUGUGAUGACGGCUGGGACCUGGAGGAUGUGGCUGUGGUGUGCCGAGAGCUGGGCUGUGGAGCAGCCAAGACAUCCCCUAGCGGCACUGUGUAUGGGCCUUUGGCAGAAAAUAAUCAGAAUGUCCUCAUUCAAAAUGUCAAGUGCAAUGGGAUGGAAAACACACUGGCCCAAUGUGAACAAGAUGAAGAUGUUUAUGGUUGUGGACAUGAAGAGGAUGCAGGGGCAUCAUGUGAGAAUCCAGAAAGCUCUUUAGCUCCAGAGUCAGAGAUCCCUUUCUCCCUCGUCCCAGAGAGCGUGCGGCUGUCAGGUGGCCCUGGACGCUGUGCUGGGCGAGUGGAGGUGCGGCAUGCGAGCCGGUGGAGCACGGUGUGCAAAGCGGGCUGGGGCCUCCCGGCUGCGAAAGUGCUGUGUCGGCAGCUGGGCUGCGGGAGGGCCCUGAUGGCCGUAGGCCAAUGCAGCAGCUCUGUCGAGGGGCGAGGAUCUAUCUGGAUGAGCAAGAUGAAAUGCUCAGGAAAAGAAGCAACCAUUCAGGAUUGCACUUCCGGGCCUCUGAAGGACAACUGUACCCACUAUGACGACACGUGGGUGGAAUGUGAAGAUGCCAUUCAGCUGAAGCUUGUAGGAGGAGACGGCAUUUGCUCUGGGCGGUUGGAGGUGUGGCACAAGAAAAAAUGGGGCACUGUCUGCGAUGAUAGUUGGGGAGCAAAGGAAGACCAGGUGGUAUGCAAACAGCUGGGCUGUGGGAAGCCCCUUAUCUCACCCUCUAGGAAGAGAUAUGGUCCUGGAGUUGGCCGCAUCUGGCUGGAUGAUGUUCGUUGCUCAGGGAAGGAGCAGUCUCUCGACCAGUGCAAGCACAGGUUUUGGGGGUAUCAUGACUGUGACCAUACGGAAGACGUAGGUGUGACCUGCUCAGAAUAGUAUCCUGGCCAUCAUGAGCUUUUCACCUGGCCUCUGUUGGCCCUGCACAUCCCCUGGUUCUGCAUGUGAGCUCUAAUUAUCCUAGUGGUGACACUGGGCCCCAGACUUCUGCCACUGCUCCUUCUGCUUCUCAAGAAUUUGAAUCCUGGACUUAGAUCCUGACCUAGCAACAAGAACGACCCCAUUGCUGCUGGGAGAUAUGAGCUGUUGAAUUCUCUGGUUGAAGAAAAUAAGCUUUGCAUUGCUCUUUGCUCAUCCUUAAUCCCUUGGCAUUGCUUGUGGCUCAUUUUCUUUUCCCACCUGCCUGCUGUCCCAGUGUCUGCCACUUGGACCAGAUUUGUAAGCCAUUGUUAAGGCAAUAGCUAUGUCUAUAAACCGCAUCAGAGGAAGGAAUCCCUCAAAAGAACAUUUUAAAGGGCAUAUGGGUAGGCAAGCUUUUGGAAUCUGAGAAAACAGUCUUUUUGAGCUCUUGUUAUCAAGCUUUAGCUGGUCAUAGCAAAUGAUAACACCUCCUUACUUUGCUAUUUCUUGGGGAAUGUGGACGAGUCUUUCAGCCUCAGAGCAAUGUCCUUUAGCUCUAGACCUUUGUGUGACAUUUAGCAAAAAUUGUUUUCCCUCUGAAUAUUCUAGUAAAAUACCUUUGUUUUCCACUUCUGUGCCACCUGCCAACAUGGUUGGCAUUUAACAAAAGGAAUCUCACAAAUGCAUCUUACUUUAGCCAAAGGAAAAGAUAUUUGUUAAUGAGAAAAGGUCAGAAGAGAGGGAGAAGGAGGCUGGGGAGGGCUACUGUUGUGUCUUACAGUACUCAGAAAGUAUCAUUUCCAUUUUAUCAGCAGAGACUUUGGAGCCUGUAAAUUUGAGGCAAGAUAGAGUGAUAUUUGGGACAGCAUCAAAGUUUAAUUGUAAAUCUCAACAACUUUAGAUUUUGAGGUUAAGCUGACACUGAUACUAGGGCUAGGUUUACCCUCUCUAAUACACUGAAUCUCAAAAUCUCACCAGUUGCCUGAAUGAUAUAUCUUUUUUGCUUACUGUGAAGCAAAUAAGUCAGCUCCUCAGUGAAGAGAUUUUGGACAGGAUUAGCUAGAAGAGAAUCUUCCAGAAAAUGCAACCAUAUGUAGAGAACAGCUCUCCUCCAGAUAAGGAAAUUCUUCUUAUUUCCUAUUCUGCUAUAUGGACCUAAUUCUGCCACCCUUGUCCUUAUUUUUAUAACAUAAUCUUGUUUUAUGUUUAAUUACCAUGUUUUAAUUGUGCUUAUUAAUGAGGCUGAGUGUGAUAUUUCAACACAUGCAUGUAGUAUGCGCCGAUCAAAUCCAAUGUCUCUUUAUCCACCUUGCCCACCUUUGUCCUUCCCAAACUCUCAUAAUCACUAUUGUACAUUUAGGUGUACUUUUGUUCAAUUCCCACAUGUGAGAAAGAACAUGCAAUACUUACCUUUCUUUGCUUGGCUUGUGUCAUUUAGCCUAUUUUCCUCUGCUUAGAUCCAUUUUCCUGCAGCAUUUCAUUUUUUAUGGCUGGAUAAAAUACCUAUGUUCAUAAUGC